AAGGUGCAGAAAUAGAGCCUGAAAGUGAUGAGAAAAUUAUAAUAGAUUAUUCUGCUCCUGAUAUUGAAAAUGGAGAUGAAGAAGAAUUCGAACAUAUUGAUAAUCUUGACAAUAGCUUUGGUUGGAUAUUAAUCUGGAUCCUAAGAUAUCAACAACGAUAUUGGUUACCUGAUAUAGCAACAGAAUCAUUAGUUAAAUUUAUUCAUUUUCUAUUAACAGAUUUUAAUCAGGAUCAGUUUAAAAACUUUCCUAAGUCACUCUAUUUAGCCAAAAAGUUAAUGAGUUUAGAAUAUCCUAAUCAUACAAUAUCUAAAAUAAGACAACCUUGUAAUCAACAAUUGGCAAAAGAAGUGCCUACAAAGGAUGGAAUAUUGUUUCGUCCUUUGCUUACUUAUCAACCAUAA